CCCAUUAAAGGAAAAAAAAAAGCUAUCAAUUCCGACCAAACCAAAGCUUGAACUAAGCAACGACAAACAGAUUACUUGUAUUGUCGGAUAAUCAAACGUCAACGUAUUUCCUUCUUCUACAUUCCUCUCCUUCUCUCUUACCCCAAUUUUCUUCUUUCUUUGUCUGAAAAUAUUUACAAAGGAAGCGAAGAAGCUUGAGACGACGUCGUAGAGAACCAUGUCUUACGACUAUCUUUUCAAGUACAUAAUCAUCGGUGACACUGGCGUUGGAAAAUCAUGUUUGCUCUUGCAGUUUACAGACAAGAGAUUCCAACCAGUUCAUGAUCUAACCAUCGGUGUUGAAUUUGGUGCUCGGAUGGUCACCAUUGAUGGCAGACCCAUCAAGCUUCAAAUUUGGGAUACUGCCGGGCAAGAAUCCUUCAGGUCCAUCACCAGAUCUUACUACAGAGGAGCAGCAGGAGCACUUCUGGUCUAUGAUAUUACUAGGAGAGAGACAUUUAAUCAUCUAGCAAGUUGGUUGGAGGAUGCUCGACAGCAUGCAAAUCCCAACAUGACAACCAUGCUCAUUGGAAACAAGUGUGAUCUUUCUCACCGGAGAGCUGUUAGCAAAGAAGAGGGUGAACAGUUUGCAAAGGAAAAUGGACUUUUAUUCUUGGAAGCAUCUGCAAGAACGGCUCAAAAUGUUGAGGAGGCCUUCACAAGGACUGCCGCAAAGAUCCUUCAGAACAUCCAGGAAGGAGUCUUUGAUGUAUCCAAUGAGUCAUCAGGUAUCAAGAUCGGCUAUGGACGUGCCCAAGGGCCAUCAGGUGCAAGAGAUGGAGCUGUCUCUCAGAGAGGUGGCUGUUGUGGUUAAUAGGAAUGGAAACAAUCUGUGCCUUUAUUUCUACAUCACAUUGCUUUGAUGAACACAUCCUUUAAGUUGUUGAAUUAAGAACACUGAAUGUAAAAAACUAGUCUUUUCUUUUUCUUUGUUCCGAACUUGGAAUUUAUAUGUUACCACAUUUUAAUUUAAGCCGAGCCAUUUGCACAGUCAUAUAUAAAACGAUUGCUAUCCCUUUAUGUUUUCCA